GCGGGACCCAUCGGCGCCGACCUUCUCUAAAGACUAUGAAGUACCUUCUUAGUAGCUACGGAUACCUAGGUAUUCGUAAUGGCAGGAAGGUACGGGUUUCCGUGAGGGAAGGACCAUGAGGUACGAUAGGCACCACCGGAGCUUCUUAUUAUUCUUGCCAUGCCAUGUCGUGACAGGCCGGACCAGGACAGGCCACACCUUUACGUUUUAGUCGUCGAGAUCAUCAUCGACUUGUCACUACACACCACCUUGUUCAGCUGGCCUUCCCUCCAGUCACACACACGCGCACUCACACACUCUGUCGCCGGCUCUUCCUUCGUUGGCCCAACUGAGUUGGAGGCUCGUAUAGAUACCCAAGGCCUCCCGCCACGCUUUUGCGUUGGGAUUUUAGCCAUUCUUAUGUUUUCGGCCUUGUUGCACCUUCAAAAGGUCUUGCCCAAUUCACUCACGUCCACACUUGACGACGCACCUAUUAAUCCACCUCGUUGCCUCAACACCUGCAGGGUUACAGUGAAUCACAUUUUCAAACUCGCUGCCUACCUUAGACCACGCACACUGGCAUCUCGCCAUACCUUAUCAUUUGACACCUCGACGCUCUAUCGCUAAUCAGUCAUUGUCAUUGAGUCGAACUGACCUUGGACGCUAUCGACGCCCUUCCAAUUUCCGGAGCACCAUCUAUAAUAAGGCAAUUUGAUAAAACCUCACUGUUCGGAGCGAUCCGACAAGCGACCCGUCCACGUCCGGGAUAAUUAAAGUAGCAAGGGGCCAUUGAAAGAACAUCAGGUACGCACAGAGGCAGGAAUUUCUUUUGGGCCCCCAUGGGCCGUCCGUCAUCUGCAAGCAGCGGUCGGCUGCGGCACCAGGACGUGCCACGAUGCAUGGCGCUGCGACGUGGGAUGAAGAAGACAUUGUCCCCAUCGUCCACAUUGAUGCAACACAGAUUGGCUGACAUUGGGACAACGAGCAGAAACGCAGACCCGAGAACGUAAAACGUCCGACACGGAGCGAAGACCAAAAUUCGUGCUCUACGACCGGACAAAUUGGUCCUGGAAGCACAGGAGCUGAGAAGCACCCCCCAAUCGAUAAUUUCUCGAUCCAAUUCCAUUCCAUUCCAGGACGCAUUAGGCCAAGGGCCGAAAGGGAAGGGCCGAGAAAGACAAGAAGAAAAAAAAAGUAAAUUAAAGGAAAGGGGAAAAGGACACCGCUGUGUUCCGCCAUACCGUACCUUGAGCUACCACGCGAAGGCGCUUUGAAACACGUGAGGAUUACCGCCGCUUGACGUCAGCCACAGCAAGAUAGUCUCCAGACAGACAAACCGACGACGACAGGGGCGAAAUUGGCCAUUCGGAAACGACAGCAUUUCGCAUUGCUCUGCACCGCCAUUAGCAUUGCCCAUCCAGUUCCACCACGCACAUCAAGCGAACGAUCGACGGCCUCCACGUCCUAGCCCUUCCGGGCCCACCACCAACCGCCUGCAAACGCGCCAAAUACGUCGCAUUCGAUCAUCGAUCAACAGGCAAUAUCAAACACAAUACCCAGUUUACUCGUUUUUCGUUACGAAACGUCCGAAGAAGGCUGCAGAACGUCAGAUUCAGAAGCGACUGCUUGAUUGCCUUCGAAGGCCCCUUCCGCCCAAAGUAAAGCCAGGAAACAGGACGCACUUUACCGGUACGUACCUAAGGCUCAGGUCGAUGGGAACCCUGCCAGUUUGCCCGCACCCUGCUACAACUACCGGUGACACUCAAGAAGAAGGAAAGAGCGACAGAACUAACACAAUAAGGCAAGAACCACAGCCGACCAAGCAACACCAGAAAAAUCCUUACAUCCUUAUAUCGGCACACAGGUCGAUUCUUCAACCUGGGCAGAAAACAACUGGCGCCAAAAAGCAGGAGAAGAACCAGCCGGCGAAAAAAGAAACCUAACGGCAAAAUCACAUCACCAAGACACUCAUCAACAAGCAGGAGGCGCUUGCCGUCUGGGCAGACCCAGUUUACAGCACCAGGACAGCACUUGCUGGCCCCGGCGUCCCUGAGCGUCCCAGCCCCCCAGUCACCACUUUUCCCCUACGUCGCCGGACCUGACUCCAGCGUCCGACCACCCCAUCGAAAAAAGACGUGACGCUUAACCCAUUGCGGCCACCCUCCUUCCCUGUAACGCCUCCAAUUCAAAUCGCCCUAGCGCUUUUUCAGCAAACAUCCUGGCGUCGCUCGCCCGAAGUUGUCCUCCCAAAAUCCCAUCAGAAUCCAUCCGAGAGUUGAGACUUGGGAGAGCGCGAGAGUCAGACUCAGACUCCCUCCCGUUUUAUUUUUCUCUCUUGCUUCUGUUGCAGCUAGGUACACCAAGCUUGCAGCAAUAACUCGCUGCAUACUCCAUACCAAGGAUCGAAACAUCGGCCCCCAAAAAAAAAAAAGACAAGGUACGUACCGAAUUGUCCGUGAGCACCUUCCAUCGCACCAACACCUGCACCUGCACCUGUUCCCGUUCCCGUACCCUCAGCUGGAGUUUGUCGUUGUCAUUGGUGUUUCUGCCGCCGUCUCAUUGGAUCGCUGUUGUCGUCGGGUUGCCUGGCCGUUCCUUCCAGCUCGGCACCACAACCACACCGCAGCCCACCUGGGCAGCUUCAUCGGCUGGGAGUUGUUGCCGUCGCCGUUCGUACCAAGUCGAGUGCCUUCCAGGUUGUCGACUCAACCACCCCCCCAGCCACAUUCGAGACACCCAGUUCCUUGCUUUCCUGCCCCCUUGCGACAGUAUCUGAGAAAGAAAGAAAAAACAUCUCCCAAGCACACAAGCACCUCAACUUGCUCUCGACCUGCUUGUUCUCCGUCCCCGAAGAUUUGCUUCUCAUACAAACACACAUCGUCAACAAGUGGAACACUGGAAACAGCCCGGUCCACGGGUACACUAUUCUCUGCUAGUUUCUGCAUCCACUUUCAAUCCCAGCAUUCGGCAGAAACACCACACUCAGGCAUACGGCACACCCCAAACCCCCUUCCCUUCCACUAUUCUGCCCCUUCUAACGCUCCACCGCGCUCCAUCAUCUCACGCUCACCCCUGGAAAACGCAACCUUGGCCGCCUCGCUAGCGACCUCUGGGAACCGCCCGCCCACUCUUCCCCUUGCUGACCCGCGAUAAGGCACGCAAUAGCUCCAUCCAUCGACCUUGCUCGCCGAGACCAGGUCCGCGCCCACUGAACCCGCCUACUUGCGAGACAGAUCAAUUAAAAGUAGCACCCUCCCCAGUCGCCCGUCAUGGCUGAACACCAUCCACUUCCCGCGCUGCCUCCCCAGCACCAGCAACCGAAUCACCACUAUCACCAACAAGGUCCCGAUUCAUACGACAACGGCCAGUCCCAGUUCCCGCCUUAUCAGCAGCAGUACGACCAGCCUCAGCCUGUUCAACCACCUCCCAACGCCCAGGCGCAGUCCCAAUCCCACGCCCAGAACCAAACUCCUCAUAGACGCUCCAAGUCCCGGCCGAGAACCUUUAGUUUCCAGUCCAACAAAUCCCACAAGAGCUCUGGCAGUCACCCCAAGAUCGACCUCCACGAGACACCUGAAGAGAAGGAAGCAAAGAGAUUACACAGUAAAGCUGAUCCUACCGUCGCCAUGAGUGAGGCCGAACCUUCCGCCGUUCAGGCAAUGACCAAGACUUCCUUGGCUCCUUUGCGCGCCAUUCAGCACAAGGACACCACCGGUGCCCCGAUUGCCGAACCCGACCGAUCUAAUCCCACACGUAGCCGUUGGGAACGACCCCUUGAUACCAUUCGCAGUUUCGAGGCCGCCAUUGAUGGAGGCUAUCGUGACCGGGACCGGCGACAGUCUUAUAUUCGCUCAGAUACAGAGUCGGUCCAAACAUGGAACAGACGCAGCAGCUACUAUGCCACCAGUGGAGGACGACAUCCCCAUGACAGCUACUACAACGGUCGCCCGGGCUCGUUCCGUCCCGAAAGCGGCCAGAUUGAGAUGGGGUCUAAUCGACAAAGUUACUACGAUCAAUACCAGAAUGGUGGAGGACAUUACAAUGGCGGCAACAACAUUCCCUACCGACAGAGAGUUCCCAGGACGCAAACCGAUCCCCAUAUGAACGGCUACGCACGCGGCGAUCAGAACAUUUAUCCCCUGCCCAACAAGGACCGCUCAUACGAGACUGUUACAUCAGCCGCCGCAAGUGGAAGCUCCGGAGAGCAUGCAGGCUACCAUACCGAUCCUACUAGUAGCGACAAUAGCUCCAUUGAGCGUGGCGGUCCGGCCCGUAGGCCUGAACCCAACAACGAUUAUGGCAUUGGCUUCAGUCAGGACCAAGGGCACCAGGCGUCUGCUCUCAAGUUUGACAAUGGUGCGCCAAAUGGAAAGGGACCCGCCUAUCAAGCUGUGAACAACGGAGCCCAAGUACCCCAGCAACAGAGCGCGAACGUCCUUCGGAGACCAGUUGGCGCCUCCCCACCGCAACAGCAGCAACAGGCGCAGCCUAGACCUGCUGAGCCGGCCAAGAGAAAGAGCUGGUUUUCUAAGCGCUUCAGCAAAUCAUCUUGAACAACACAAGGCAUGAGAUAUGAGCUGGUUUUUCGUUUUAACGUUGUCGAUACCCCCCAUUUUCUUAGAUUCUGGAUGUGUAAUGGUGUUCUCUGGCAGAGAUCGGCUUAUAACUGAUAUGUCGCUGGUGUGGAGUUGCCGGAGUACCCUUCUCCCCUGAUGAGACGGCCGUUCCUACCUUGAGGUGGGCCGUCAAUUUGAGAGUAUAGCCGAGAGGUAUGGCUAUCUAUUUUCUGAUUCAAAAAAACAACGAAAUACACUCUGUUUGGAUCGAGGUAUAUGCGCAGGAUCCAGUUUACGAUUGCGAGGCAACUCGGUAGCCAUGGAGGCUUGAUGGUAGCUCGACAAUGUUUCUUUUACAAUGCUUGGGGAUGAGUUGGCGGUUCAGGCGUUGGAAAAUUUGAUAGGGCUUCAUCAUAACACUGAUGUGGCUUUCCAAUAAGCCAGGUCUUAGAAGAAGACCAGGUCAACGUAAUAUAAUCUCCUGACUAGAGAUAAACUUGCC